AUGCUCUUCGGCAAGAAGAAGUACGAGCUCAUUGUUGGCAAGCUCGUUAGCCCCAUUCCUCAAUUGGGCGACAGCCGUUUCACGGUGACUUGCUUCGUCUAUCUUGAGGGAGAGAAAGCCGGCAGCCCGAAGUGGCACAAUGUCCACGAACGCUCUAGAUUCCAUGUCGAGCUUCAGCUUCAGCAACUAGAUGGCAACACUGACGAAACGGCCACCUCCGCACCACAGCACCCAAUGGCUAACCCUAUCGAUGGACUGGAGGGUCCGACCUCGUUGUCCGGUCUUCAUUCGAAGGUGACGGAGAACGGAGGGCUGAGGUUUGACCUCGACCGACUGCAUAUCCUCCCGGAAAUCGAGAAGGGUACCUUCCGGAUCCAUGCAGCUCUUUUCCGCGCUCAUUUCAAUCUCCUCCGGAGCUCUGAGUAUGAACUGCUGGCUGAGGCGGACAGCGAGACCUUCACUCGGGGCGAUAUGACAAAGCACAGGCUCCCAGAGGGCUGGGAAGAGUUUCAGGGGUGUGGAGGAUUUAGAUAG